GGAAGAGCCGGCGGGAGUCCCCGGGCGGCGCCGCGUGGUGGCGGAUGGAGCUGGUGGCGGGGUGCUACGAGCAGGUGCUGCUGGGGUUCGCCACGCGGCCCGGCCAGUCGUGGACAGUCGUUCCUGAUUUUACACAUCAUGCCCACUCCGCCUCAUUGUCAGCUGUAGCAGUAAAUAACAGAUAUGUGGUCACUGGGAGCAGAGAUGAGACAAUACAAAUCUAUGACAUGAAAAAGAGGAUAGAACAUGGGGCGCUGCUACAGCACAAUGGCACGAUAACUUGUUUGGAGUUCUAUGGGACUGCACAUCUACUGAGUGGGGCUGAAGAUGGACUCAUUUGUAUCUGGAACACCAAGAGAUGGGAAUGUCUGAAAUCCAUUAAGGCACAUAAGGGACACGUGACAUCUCUUUCUAUUCAUCCUUCUGGGAAAUUAGCUUUGUCAGUUGGAACAGAUAAAACAUUAAGAACUUGGAAUCUUGUUGAAGGACGAUCAGCCUUCAUCAAAAACCUGAAGCAAAAUGCACACAUAAUUAAAUGGUCCCCCGAUGGAGAGAAGUAUGUGACUGUGAUAACAAACAAAGUGGAUAUCUACAGACUUGACACAGCUUCAAUCACUGGCACCAUUACAACAGAGAAGAGGAUUUCUUCACUUAGAUUUAUUACAGAUUCUAUCCUUGCCAUAGCUGGAGAUGAUGAAAUGAUUAGGUUCUACAGCUGUGACUCUCAAAAAUGCUUGUGUGAAUUUAAAGCUCAUGAAAACAGAAUAAAAGAUAUUUUUAGUUUUGAAAGAGAAGGACAGCAAGUUAUUGUUACUGCAUCCAGUGAUGGUUACAUUAAAAUGUGGAAUCUGGAUCUUGAUAAGAUUAAAGAUGGGCCAUCUUUACUGUGUGAAGUCAAUACCAAAGCCAGGCUGACAUGUCUUGCAGUAUGGCUUGACCGAGCUUCAGAAAUGAAAGAAAACUCUGAUAAAACUGCAACAUCAUGUCAAGAAACAGAAGAUGAAAAAUCAUCAAUAGCCAGGAUAAACAAAGAUUUUUGGACUACUAAAAGGGUUAAAAUAGCACGAAGAAAGAGAAAAAUUAUUCCAGGGAAACAAAAGCUGGAAGCUCCAGUGCAAAAGAAGAAAAAGAAACAGAAUAACUCGGCAUGACGGCAGCUACUUUCUCUCCUGUACAAAAAGUAAAUGCUGUGUUGCCCUCGUUUUUAUAAGAAUCUAAACCCCAACAGGACAUACACCUCUGAUCCAAUGUUGUUUUUAAAUGUAAUUAAUGUUCUUACCCUAAUAAACUGACUGAUCAUUCUGGGAACUUUCC